AUGCUUUCACCGGAUAUUACGUCGGGUGUAGCGCAUGCCGUGCUGCAGUGGUUCACAAGCAGUGUGCAGUGUCAAAAUAGAAUACCUUCUUCGCAGUGGACGGUAUUGUCAGCGGCUACGGGCAACAAAUGCCUCGGACGACGCGAUUUAAACGCUGAUGGCCUCGCUGUCAAUGACUGUCACGCCGAGGUGCUAGCUAGACGGGCAUUCAUGCGUUAUUUGUAUGCAGAGGCACUUUUGUGGCAGGAAGAUGGACAAGAGUCAAAUUUGAAGUCGAUAUUUAUGCGGCACCCAACGUUGCAUCGAUUGGUGCUCAAACCACAAAACUCACUGCAUCUUUUCAUCAGUGAAUCGCCUUGUGGAGAUGCCGCUAUCUACGAAUUGAAGCAAGAUGUUGUCGAUAGAUUGGUACAGUAUCGACAAUCUAAAGAGAUAGGACAGUAUGAGAAGAGACAGCGUACCGAAUUUCGUUUGACGGGUGCCAAGGUGCAAAACAAGAGAUUGAGGGAAGCUGAUUCACUUGUUUACCAAGACACGCCAUCAGACAAUAAAUUUUCGCAAGUUGUUGGAGUUGCGCGUGUAAAAUCUGGUCGAUCCGAUUUACCGCUGGAUAAACAGACGCUAUCCAUGAGCUGCUCUGACAAAAUAGCAAGGUGGAACGCACUAGGUUUACAGGGAUCUCUAUUGUUGCAAUGGUUUGAUCCAGUCUAUCUGAGGUCGAUAGUUGUUAUGGAGGAUUUCUGGGCGAUAUCAGUCGAAAAGCAGGAACAAGCUCUGCGACGAGCUGUGUGUGUACGGUUAAAAGAACGCAAUGCACUAGUAGAAGGAGCGCUGGUAUCAUGUGAGACGUCGAUUGUAUCUGGAUUUCCUCAGUUCAGUCGUCGACGGACUUCUUAUCGGACGCCAUCAAGUUUGGCGGUAAAUUGGACUACCCGGGAAUCUUGGACACGCGUAGAUCGGUGGAGUUUAGGAGCAGGAGCAACGGAAGCAUUCGAGUUUAUCGUUAGAUUUUUCAGCAGAUUUGACCUUGAGUUCCUUAUUGCAGCUACCGGAUUCAAGCAGGGCGCUCAAAAGGCGUCCGACAUGGAUCAAGCAGCAUUGGAGAAAGUGGCAUCGCGUCUGGCGAAAAAGAACAUGUUACGUGCAUUUGAUUACCUUCUCGGACAUCACUCGGACUGCACAAUUCGUCUCAACUACCUUCAACUUAAGCAAUUGGAUGAAAUGAUAGCAAUUUCCACGAGUCCUCGUACUACAAAUGCUCUAAUCGGUUGCAAAAUUUGUCGCCACCAAUUCUUCCACGGAUUCAGUGACUGGAUUGGAACCCCGUCUUCAUUUAAGCAAUUCAAACUGUAA